CCUACAUACUUGUCUGCCACGCCACAAAGAGGCAAAACCCCAUGUGGACGCCCCCAAGUUUCCUCGGAGACGCUCCCCUUCCGCGGACAGUUAACUCAUUGAUAAGAAUAUAUCAAAACCAUGCAAGCAGUUCCAUACAUUGAUGUUCCUUUGUAAGGUGUCUGUCACUUCGCCUUUAACUUUGCAGAUGUGUCAAACUUUUGCCUGCAACAGAACUGGGUCAACGGCAUACAUGCCUACCCGUUCGACUGUACCAAGUUCAUCGAGUGCACGUUCUUGCACACGGCCAUCAUGCACUGCCCCCCAAACCUCGUGUACGACCCCAUUCUGCAGACGUGCACCUACCCCAAGGACGCCGUCUCCUGUUUGGACCACAACGACUACGUCUACCUGCCUGGACAGUCCACACCUGUGCCACACGUGACCGCUCCUUUUGGUAAGAGCAGCCUCCAUAUGCAUCAUACGUGUACAAGAUUUGUCUACAUUUUUAUUCAUGAUUGGUGUCUUUAUUUUGAAGCUGAUAUGUACUUUACUGUUGUACAUGAUGUGUGUACAUAUUUAUCUACAUAUCUGUGUACUUUAUUUUUGUACAUGAUUUGUCUUCUUUAUUUUUAUAUGAUUUAUGUACUCUAUUUUUGUACAUAAUUUGUGUAAUUUAUGUUUGUACAUUAUUUGUGUACUUGAUGUUUGUACAUCUGUGCACUAUAUUUUGUCUGAAACGUUUGUUGUGUUAAAUGUUGCAUAUUUAAUGUCAUGUAAAAAGGUUUGUUUUAUUGCCUGUUUGACUAACUUUCCAUAGCACUCUCAGAUACGUCCACAGUCAGCUUAACGUUUGAUUCUGUUUCUCAGAUGUGUCCUUAGUCUGUCAGACCAACCACUGGCCAAAUGGCUACUACCCUCAUCCUACCGAUUGCAGUUUUUAUCUCCAGUGCGUGGAUGGCUUCACCAUUAGUAUUGCUUGCACUGCUGGGUCCGUGUAUGACCCCGAGUGGAAGGGUUGCGUAAACCCCAGUUUGGCGAAACCUUGUAAUGACUUCAGAACAACUCAAGUGCCUUACACCACUCAAAGAUAUGUUACAACAACAUCACCUAGAUACAGUAAGUACCUCAAGAAGCGCAUGUUAUUACUUACUAAGGGCAGGUAUUACUGAAUAAGUGCGCGUGUUACUGGAUUAAUGCACAUGUUGCUAAAAGGGGCGCAUGUUACUGAAUAAAGGAACAUGUUGCUGAAUAAGAGCGCAUGCUACUGAGAAUGGGCGCAUGUUACUGAAUAAAGGAACAUGUUACUGAAUAGGGGCGCAUGCUACUGAAUACAGGCGCAUGCUACUCAAAAAGGGCGCUUGUUACUGUGGGCGACUUAUCAACUCCACGCUUCAUUGCAUAUUGCCACCCCAUUUUUGCAAUGAAUGUCCACCUUUCUGCUUCUUUUCGUUCACAGACUUAACAAACAUCUGUUUCCUGUACAAACUUCCUGACGGCAUCUACCCUGACCCCGGCAGCUGUGUCCACUUCAUUGAGUGCACGAAUCAGGACACCAAGCACCUGAUUUGUCCUGAUGGCCUGAAGUUCAACUCCAAGUCUCUGUACUGCGACGACGUCCACCUCGUCAACUGCAAUGAUAAUUACAAUUUUCAGUUUGAGCACAUCGUUGUCCGUUGAGGUGUUCAGAGAGGGGUUUGAGACUCCGUGGUGGCUUAUCACGCACUGGGCGAAGACAGCCGCUUAUUUUAGCCAUAUAUAAGACAAGAUCAUCCUGUGUUAUGCUUUAAAAUCAUUCCGCAUUCACACCUGUAAAAGUUUAUUUAACAAUAACAAACGCAGAUUACGUUAUUUUAAAAUGCAAUCUUACAUACGCUACUCUUCCCUUUUCCUCAAAAGCACUCUUUAUUAUGUAAAUAAUGUUUAUUUUCAUCGUAAUACCAAAUCUCAGAUUAUUUCCCAAAUGGACUGAAAGAAAGAGAGAAUUAAAGAACGUUUGAUUUCCUUCUUUCAUUCAAUCUUCCAUCUGGCGAUUAUUUCAUGAGCCACAAUAAACGUCAAUCUUUUUGUGUUCACUAUUAAAUACUUGAUCUUUGACUAGCAUUUGUGUAAAUAAAGGUGUGUUUUUUUUAAGUACUAAAGUUAUUUACUUUAUUAUAAAUUAUGUGAGAUGGCUCUGGAUCAGGUGAGUAAGCAUCCAAUUGUGGAUAGAAAAUCCAUAGAACCCACCACGUGGUACAAAUACAUUGACAAACAAUAAAUUGGUUUAAAAUACUUUACUGCUAUGAUGUGUAGACUUUUGUGAAAAUUUAACUUGAUAAUUUACAUCACAAUGUCUAGACUUCUGUGUAAAUGUAACUUGAUUAUUUACAUCGCAAUGUUUCUAACCAGAAUAAAUAUUUAUGAUAAGUAAUUGUGCGUGUUUGAAUCAUGUUUAUGCACGUUUCAUUAAAUCUUUGUUCGAGGACCAUUGAGUUUAAAUGACCGGCUCUGUCAAUCUCACGUGCCAAGUCUGGCUGACCAGGGUCGGCAAAAGUGUUCAUCGUCUGCUCCUCGUUGCCGGUGGGAAAUAUUCCCACCAAUCUAGACCCGCAUCCUCCAACAAGUGGGAAGGGAGAUCACUGUGUGGGAACAUCGGGACCAGAGGAAGCUACUCUCCUUGCCCGCCUGGUAACAUUGUCCAAAACCCGGUCCAUGUCACCAUGACUUACUUACGUCAUGCUCGUGGUGAUCAAUGAAACCAAUGUAAAAAGCUAUCAAGCGAGUUUAGACAAUUAAAAUUCAACGUUUCAGAAGGUAGCAUCACAAAUUGUCUUUCAGUGCAGAUGUUAUUUCCCCCCCCCCUUUUUUUUUUUAAAGACCAUCUCAUGUCGGAUGUAGGGGCUCAACAUUCUAAUGCCUGCUAACGGUAAUACAGUAUUACAUUCUGUUCGGAAAAUGUUGUGGCUAUAAAUCUACUGAAAAAAAAUGAGACUACGUCGAAAGUUUUUUGUGUUGGGCCAUCCCUUCCAUCUUCUGAUAAGGCCAAAAGUUUUUGUGUUGGACCAUCUCUCCCAUCUUCUGAUAAGGCCAACAGUUUUUGUGUUUGACCAUCUCUCCCAUCUUCUGAUAAGGCCAAAAGUUUUUGUGUUUGUCCAUCUCUCCCAUCUUCUGAUAAGGCCAAAAGUUUUUGUGUUGGACCAUCUCUCCCAUCUUCUGAUAGGGCCAAAAGUUUUUGUGUUUGUCCAUCUCUCCCAUCUUCUGAUAAGGCCAAAAGUUUUUGUGUUGGACCAUCUCUCCCAUCUUCUGAUAAGGCCAACAGUUUUGUGUUUGACCAUCUCUCCCAUCUUCUGAUAAGGCCAAAAGUUUUUUUGUGUUUGACCAUAUCUCCCAAAUUCUGAUAAGGCCAAAAGUUUUUGUGUUGGACCAUCUCUCCCAUCUUCUGAUAAGGCUCACGGCCAAUGUAAUACCGAUGAAGCAAUGAAGGAAACACCACUGAGUAUCUUCUCUUAUAAAUGCGGCCCUAACAUUCUGACUUUGGUUUCGCGGUUGGUACGGUGAUUACAAACCCAAGCUUGCAAAAACUGACCACCAGUCUAGAGUAGAAGAACUAAAGAAUGCUUCGCUGCUUAAAACUUAACUAGUUUUUUUUUUAGUUUUAAUAUAUGGUCGAAUUUAUGCACUGUAUCAGCAAAAUCUCCAGCUAUAGUUUGGCAGCAAAACCUCCAGCUAUAGUUUGGCAGCAAAAUCUCCAGCGAUAGCUUAGCAGCAAAAUCUCCAGCUAUAAUUAAGCAGCAAAUCUCCAGCUAUAGUUUGGCAGCAAAACCUCCAGCUAUAGUUUGGCAGCGAAAUCUCCAGCGUUAGUUUAGCAGCAAAAUCUCCAGCUAUAGCUUAGCAGCAAAAUCUCCAGCUAUAAUUAAGCAGCAAAUCUCCAGCUAUUUUUUAGCGGCAAAAUCUCCAGCUAUAGUUAAGCAGCAAAAUCUCCAGCUAUAGUUUAGCAAGAAAAUCUCCAGCAAUAGAAACAUUGAAAGGUAAAUGUUAAGUGUUAAGUAGCAAAACCUUGAAUUUCAUUUCAUUAGCGUGGCAUUUUAUCGGUGAAUUUCCCUGUCCCCAAGCGUAGCAAGUGUUAGUCUUCUGUGCCAUUUCCAAGAAAAAGUGCAAAUAUCGCAAAGACGAUUCAUUUGAUUUUUAACAUGAUUGUAUUCGAUGGAUACACACUAAUCUAUUUAGUGCACCCCUCUCCGUCACUAAUGUACAAAACAUUCACACGGCAUAUAGUCACAAAACAGGUAUUGUAGACAAGGGUCACGUGACAUGGCUAAAGAUGACAGACUAAAAUGGCGUCAGGAUAAUUUUUCCUCUUUUUCCGUUGCUCCGGGCUGCCUUGGCUCAAUAUUAUACGUUGAUUACGAUGAAAUAGUUGCACUUUUUGAGUGUAUAAAUAAGGACAAUGCAAAUUUUGAUUUGAGAAGUAGUUUUGAUUUGCAUUUCGUUUACAGUGAAGGAGACUUGCUCAAUUUGCCAUCCUCACGCUCUCGUGCUGCGUUAUUUGACUCUUUGGCAAGACUUAAUCAAGACGACCGCAAAUAAACCAGGAUGCAGUAGAUGAUCAGCGAUGUUUCUAGUUUCAUUACUGUGCUCCUUAUGCGUUGUAGUUUGCAGGAGUUGUCGGAAUUUCAUCGUGCCAAUGUCAUACUACCUACGGCACUCCAUAUGCGGGUUUGAUGUCAGAGUUUGCAUUAUCUUAGAUGAGUUGCCAUCUGAGUUUAACGAGUUCCAUCCACGCAAGGUGCUGGUGAGGGUUUUGAUUUUGCUGGGGAUUGAACUCCAUUCCACUUGGCUUGGGAUUGACUGAGCUAAUACCACUAUACACUUGGGUAUAGUGGUCUUAAACUUUUUUUCCGGCCACCGCGCUCUUGGGACCUUCUAUCCUUAAACUGACACUUAGCACCCUAUAUAUCAGCAUGCUCAGAAUAACAUUUUGCAGCAUCCUCUAGGUUAGUUACUGGGUUUUUUUUAUUUAUUUAUUUUUUUACAUUUUAAUUUUUUAUUUUUAAUACAUAUAUUUUUCAACAUUUUAUUGCGACCAGAUGUUGGCGAUGAUACGUGCCCAAAGCGCUAAGAAUAGAUUUUAUAUUUUUAGAUUUCAAACAAUUGUAUUUUCAAAAGUACGAGCUCUAUUGAGGAAAAAUGUCCUGUCCUGCCAUAGCUAAUAAAUUUCCCUUUGUUGGUCGGUGAUUUUGCAAUCUACCGUUUAAAUAGUUUACUUCUGGCUUACAAACAAACAAAAAACUAAGCAGUUGGAUCAGUUGAGAUGAACAUUUAAGUGUCACAGAAACGCCUCGGCCUUGAUUAACAAAGCGGUGUAUUUUUUUUUUGCUUUUCUUUUUUUUCUUUCUUUCUAACUCUGACGAUAACAUAAAGUGGUUCUAAGUACUUCGAGCGUCUCGUCAGAUUGCUUGGUUCAUUUUUUAAAGACAGUAAUGUAUCUGUAAAACGAGAUCGUGUCUGUCUUACACCUGAGGGUCUCCUCAAUUCAUUCGUGACUUAUCUUAUGGGUACAAUAGUUAAAUGAAAUUUAGCUUACCCCCCUUUUGCUGUGGUGACAUUUUUUGUCUUUUAUU